AUGCCGAAGAAUGAGGACCAGGAGCAAGUCCAAUCCAAAGAACGCCUCCAGGAUGUCAUUGAGGGGAUGGGAAUGGGCCCAGCUCAGAUUGCCUGGGGAAUCUUGGGUGGUGGAAUUUGGCUCGCUGAUGGAGCAGAGCUUCUCUUAGUGAGUUCCGUUACGAGGUCGCUUCAAAAGGAAUGGCACCUAACAGCCGUCAUGAAGGGCCUCAUUGUAUCAGCAGUCUACCUGGGAAUUCUCAUUGGAAACGCCGCUAGCGGUGGUUGCAGCCACCGUUUCGGCCGCCGGGAGAUGAUCGUCCUCUCGUACUGUGGCAUCUUCCUUUGUGGAUUUGUGAGUGCAGCUUGUCGGGCUGCAAUGGCCUUCAUGAUCAUGCGAUUCCUGGGCGGCAUCUUCAUUGGAAUAGGCCAACCAGCCUGGCUCUCUAUCAGCGCAGAGAUUACCCCUGCCUACUGGCGAAUUCCCAUGGCUGCUGUUUCUCAGUCCUUAUUCGUCGUUGGAGAGAUGUACAUAUCAUUUCUUUUGAUGAUGGAUGACUCAAACAUGCAGUUUUUGCAUUGGCGAGUGCUGCUCCGCCUGGGAGCUGUGCCUUCAUUGGUUCUCUUCACUCUCAGCAUGUCGUAUCUGAACGAGUCGCCCAUGUUCCUUGCCCUCAAAGGGCGGAACAAAGAAGCUCGCAGCGUGGUGGAGAGCAUGGGGAGGCUGAAUAAAUCGCCGCCCAGCACGCUGGACUUUGAAAAGCCCUGUGCAGAAGUGAGAGAGGGAACAUUGUUCUCACAAAUGUCGAGACAAAUGACUUUGGUCUUCAGUGAGGAGUUCAUCGUUUGUACCUUUGUGAUCAUGUCAGUGUGUUUCACGCUCAACAUGGUGUACUUUGGCAGCCUCUUCGCUUUCCCUCAGGUGCUGCCCAUGCUGAUGCAUGGACAGGCAGCCUCGGAGCUCUUGGUGGGCGCACUUUGGGAACUGCCUGGCCUGGCCACAGGCUUGCUUCUGGGCAUCACAGCAUCCAGGCGUAAUUCACUGAAAGUCUACCUUACAGCUUUGACAUGUUCCAUUGUGUGCUUCAUCGUGGGAGCCCAUGGCCACCCUGAGCAUGGAAAGCUCAUGAAGGUCUUCCUGUACAUUGGCUACUAUGGCAUCAAAUGCGUCCCAAACAUCGGAUUUAUCGUGGCUUACCAGAUGUCUGCAGAGCUCUAUCCGACGGAGGCAAGGAGCAUGGGAGCUGGGUUGGCCUUGGCAGCUGGUCGGUUGGCGGCCAUGAUUUCUCCAUUGAUCUACGAAGCUGUUGUGAUCUGGACGGGGACCUAUUUGGUCUUCUUUCUCUUGAUGGCCACGAUGUCAGUGAGCAAUUUGUACAUGGUGGACCUUUUGCCAGAGAUCAACGGCCUGCAAUCCGAUAGUGAGGUGAUGCCGAUUAACAAGGGCAAUCCCGAGAGGAUUCAGGUGGUUUGA